AUGAGCCCGCUAAUUGACGACGAAGAGAGGGAGACUGACUCCCUAGCUGUGGGCGAAGAAGUUGAGAAAGCAGAGUCCAAAGCUGGCGAUGAAACAAGCGAGGAUGAAUCCGACAGUGACGAAGAAGAUGGAGAAAUUGACACCCGAAAUGGUAAAAUAUCAGUCAAAGAUCUUCUUGACAAGGUCUUGAAAGCAAUCAAAGAUGGAGAUAAAGAUCUUACCAAUAGCAGCCAGCUGAAGGCAUUCAAAGCUGGCGAUGGCAACGUCUUGGCCUCUAACACCGGAGACCUGCGCCAGCCGACAGCUUUGCACAUCAUGGCGGCAAUGGACAAGAAAGAGUUACCAAAACUAGACAGCAAGAUGGAACCACUCAUCAAGCAUCUAGUGGAACACGAAAAUGAUAUUCUUGGCUAUCUAGAUCGAUCGGGCCACACGCCUUUGUUCCUCGCCAUCGAGGCGAAGAAAGAGAAGAUGGUGCAGUGGAUGUGUGACUCUCAUCCAAAUAUCAGUGCCAUCUUGGCCAUCACCAGCAACGACAAGGAUAAGAUGAACUGCCUCCACAUUGGCAUUGAUAAGAGAGUCAAGUUUUUAGACCUCCUCAUCGAAAAAGCAGAUCCUGAGACCUUGGCAGCUAAAGAUGGAGAUGGGAACACACCGCUUCAUCUCGCUGUGGAGUAUAAAAAAUGUAAAAGGGAACAGCUGGAUAUUAUACAAAAGAUCAUUGCCAAGAGCGACAUCGUUGUUCAGCAUAAUGAGAAUGGCGACUUCAACGACAACGGGUUGUCGCCGUAUCUUCAUCACAAAGAAAAUGUCAGGAAAGCACAGGCAAGGGAGAAAGAUAAAGAAAAGAAGAAGUUGAAAGAGGAGAAGGAACGUGAAAAGGGCAACACUCGUGCUCGUCCCGAUGGCGUCGAAAUCGACUCUUCUGCGCAGAAUCAAGAUCCAGCACCAAGAUCUCAAGAAUCUAGAGGGCCUGGAGGGCCUGGAGGACCUGCAAAUCCCAGCGGGCAAGGUACAGAUCCAAGCAGCCGUCCUGAUAAGCGACCGACCGUUCAGACCGACUCUCGUAACAAGUAUGGAGGGCGGGCGCAACCUGCAAUGAACAUAAACUCGCCAGCGACGGGCACAGCACCACCGCUUUCUGUGAAUAAAGACGAUCUGAGGAAGAUGGCUCUACACGUACCCGAUUCAUCAGUAAAACCAGCUUCAGACGCAAGAUCCGUUACUGACAGUGGCCAUAAAUCCAAAGUCGACGAAACCGUUCUGAAAGAUGUAGAGCGCCUUCUGAAGCUACACUAUCUUCGCUCCCGCAGCUACAAUGAGGCCAUGGAGAUAUUGUAUGGACGUAAUACAACUUCAGACCUGGAACUAUACUUUGACUUAUCGGGACACGUAAAUAUUACCCAGACUGGGCUUGAGAAUUUACUAUCGAAACUCAAGUUUGAGGACAUUCUUCAAUAUGUCGCUAUUCCGAGAAUCAGCGUGGAGGUGAAUGUGAAUACAGCAAAUAGCAAGCGAGCCCGAGGAUCUGGGCGCUCUUCAAAACAAGAUGGAGAUGGUCGGAGAGACUUGUGCUACAUCUUCGAUCGCUUGAGAAAGAAAGGUGUCAAGACCGUUCUCAAGGUCAUCAUUGACGAUUCAACGAUGCCUGCUCACAGCGAUGAGGCAAUUGAAGAUGCCUUGAAGUUCAUGGACGUGGAGAUUUGGGAUUGGAAAAGGAUGGAUCUAUGCUCUGAGGUUAUACACAGGGUGGCAUCUAAAGCACGCGAAGUCAACCUAUACUGGAGCGGCAAUAACGCAGUUCUUAGAGGAUGGAGCGAAGAAGGUGGCUUGAAGAGAUUAAGUCAGCUGAAAACGGUUCAUCUGCACAUCCAACAGGGCCUUGAAACAAGUCAACGAACCAAGCAAAACGUCGAAGAUUUCUGUGACCGUAUGAAGAAACUAUGUCCCGAAGUCAACGUCCUGAAGGAGUGGCCGAUUGUACAGAGAGAACAGAUGGAUCUCAACGCGCUCAUGUCUGGAGAUCAAGCCGAGCAUACAACGAAACACGAGUGGAUCCAGUGUAUGAAGGACUUCAGAAGACUGCUCUUCGAUGCGGAACGAUACUACGAACGCGGAAAGGUUGAGGAGACCAUUGAAGAGCCAAUCAAAAUUGCUCUCAUUGAUGACGGUGUCGACGUCAAGGAUCUGGAGUUUAGCUUCAUCGGAGGCCGGACGUUUUGCACACGAGACGAGCAGCACAAUCUGAACGACCCUUACUAUGUGUCUAGUACGGGACACGGGACCAUCAUGGCGAAGCAGAUUCACUUAUUAUGUCCCCGGGCGCAAUUCUAUGUUUUAAGGCUGGAGGAUCAUGCUUCAGAAGAGGGUGGUCGACAAAUUACAGCCAAGAGUGCCGCACAAGCAAUUUUGGCGGCCGUGAGAAAGAAGGUUCACAUCAUUUCCAUGUCUUGGACCAUCGAUCCUCCCGAGGACGAGGAAGAGAGGCGACUCCUUGACUUGGCUAUAGGAGCGGCGGCAAACGAAAACAUUCUCCUUUUCUGUUCGGCGAGUGACAAGGGAGCCAAGAGCAGCGAAACCUACCCCUCCAAGGCAACCAAAAAGAUUUUCACCAUUGGAGCGGCGACUUCAUCGGGAAUGGCCGAUCCUUGGGUCGGCAAUCUGGGAAACAUCAACUUCACAUUCCCAGGCACCAAGGUCGAGAUGGAUGGGCCCCGGAAUGAUGACUCGUCAUCGAGAGAGGUCAGUGGCUCAUCCAUUGCCACCGCUUUGGCUGCAGGUCUUGCAGGGCUGGUGUUGUAUUGCGUUCAGGUACGCCUGCUGGUCGCGACCGACCAGGAAAAGCACAAGGCGCGGCGGGAUUUCCAGCUUUUGAAGCAGCACGACUAUAUGAUGAAGGCCCUCAAAGACAUUGGUACCACGGAGGAGAGUAAUCACAAGUUUAUUGAGGUAUGGGAGGUAUUUGGAAAGAAGGUCGAAGAGAAGGAGAGAUAUGAUCAGGAGAGGUGGCUGGAUUUGAUCGCUGAAGUAGGCAUGAUUCUAUGCAGAAAGAUUAGUUGA